AGACGUAGAUAAUCUUGAAAGACUGAAGGAACAUGAAACUCUAGAAAGUUAAGCUUGAUUAGAACAGUUUUUAUCACAAGAAUGUUUAUUACUAUAUUAUUAUUACUCAUUUCUGUGGUAUAUUUGGCGUGUCAUUGUUACGUGCACAAUGGACUAAAUGGACGAAUAUUCCAUAAAAUACCAGGACCAUCAGGUUAUCCAAUUAUUGGUAACAUACUUUUACUGCUGCGUUCACGAGAGGAGCUCUGGAAAGUUUUAAUUACUCUUCCUAAUCAAUAUUAUCCUAUUUAUAAACUAUGGGCCUUCUCUUUUUUUAUUAUAUCCAUUCGACAUCCUGAUGACUUGGAGAUAAUGCUAAGCAGUACAAAAUACAUCGAUAAAGGUAUAGUUUAUGAUAUAUUACAUCCUUGGUUAGGCACGGGUCUUCUUACCAGUGAAGGCUCCAAGUGGCAUUCACGGCGUAAGAUAUUAACUCCCACAUUCCACUUCAAUUUAUUACAGCAAUUUGUCGAAAUUUUAGUCGAGAAGGGCGAAAAUAUGACAAGAUCUUUGAAAAAUGCGGAAGAUAUUGUUACAAAAGAUUUAGUACCGUUUAUUAGUGAACAUACAUUGAACGCAAUAUGUGAAACUGCUAUGGGUACUUCUCUGCAAGGAAUGGGUACAUUUCAACAACAGUAUCGAAAAGCGAUUCACAGAAUGGGGGAACUUUUUAUUCAUAGAUUAUUUAGGCCGUGGUUGCAUGUCAACUGGAUAUACUCAUUAACGCCAAAAGGUAGAGAACAAAAAGAGAUCCUAAAGAUAUUGCACGGAUUUACUGAAAAGAUUAUUGCAGAAAGAAAAAAUUAUCAUAAAUGCACCGGUGGACAAUAUUUGAGAAAUUUUGAUAAAGAAACAAUGGCAGAUGAUAAAGAAACUACUAUAAUUAAAAAAAAACGGCUCGCAAUAUUGGAUCUUUUAAUAUUGGCUUCUCAAGAAGGUCUUUUAACUGAUUUAGAUAUUAGAGAGGAAAUCGAUACUUUUACAUUUGAGGGUCAUGAUACUACAUCAAUGGGUAUAUGUUUUACGUUAUGUCUAUUGGCCGAACAUAAAGAUAUUCAGGAUUGUGUUCGAGAAGAGGUUGAUACUAUUAUGAAAGAGAAUGAAGGGAAUCUAACCAUGAAGUCGCUACAAGAUCUUCAAUAUUUGGAAAGAUGUAUAAAAGAAGCGUUGCGUAUAUAUCCAAGUGUUUUCUUUAUAUCUCGAGUUAAUUCAGAAGAGGUACAAUUAAAGUCAUAUAUAAUACCUGCCAGAACAAUAAUACAUCUGAAUAUAUUAGGAGUUCAUAGAGAUCCCAAUUUUUGGCCAAAUCCAGAAAUAUUUGAUCCAGAUCGAUUUUUACCUGAUAACAUUAAAAAUCGUCAUCCUUACUCAUAUAUACCAUUCAGUGCUGGACCGCGUAAUUGUAUCGGUCAACGAUUUGCUCUAUUGGAGAUGAAGGCAAUGAUAGCCCCUUUGAUUCAUAAUUUCUACGUAGAACCAAUGGAAUAUUUAAAAGAUCUUCGAACGGGAGCUGAUUUGGUGUUUCGCCCUUUAAAUCCGCAUCGUUUAAAGUUUAUCCCAAUCAUUAAAGAAUGCAUAUAAGCAUUUAAAGACAAUUUAAAUUUUGACAAACAACAAACCAUUAAUCAUCCAGCAUGUUGUUCAUUAUGUUUAGCCGUAUAUAAGCUCUCGAUUAUUAUAUCGAAGUCAUAUAUCACUCCAGAUUGUUCUCAUUACUAAGUAACUCAAUAAAGGUCGCGAUUAUCUAAAUUCACCUUUUUAAAUGUUUUUCACAGAGUCAAUUUUUAUUUUUAUUUGAAAUCAAUUAACAUUUACAAAAAUCGUUUCCAUAUAAAGCGUAUUUUUUCUGGGAAAACCGGAGUACGAAAGGGUUCAGUUAUUAGUUGAGACGGUCUUGAAAUAAGAUUAGUUAUAAAUACCAACCGUAGCUGAUAUAAAAAUCAAGAAUUCUUAAUAUGUGAAACUUGUAUCUUAAGACUUGUAUUUAUUAUCAUUCAUCGUAAAAAAAGUUCAAGUAGUAAAUCAAGAAAAACAUUA